CACGUAUUUACCCCAAGUGGCAUUUCAUCCCGUUGGGAGAGAGUACUGUAAUGGUUCUUCGAUUCCGACAUCGUACCCGAUUUCUAGAAGCUUUUUACAAGAGCCAAGAAUCCCCGCCAGGCACAGCACCCGCAGACGUGACCAUCACCUGAUAAUUCGCCCAGAACAUACGAAAAGCUCACAACUCCGCUCACGCUGACCUCCAUUCAGGAAAUGUAUUUCAAAUCUUGAUAUCCGCUCGCUGUGAUGAGUCGUCGUCGUUUUCUCACACUUCUCUCGCUCGGUGUAUUCGGAUUUCUAGCUGCGUACUUUUACAACAACAGAAUGGCAACACCUUCUGCCCUUCCCGCGCAAAACCUUGCCAGGAGCGGAGCCAUCGUAGUGGGUUCUGGCCUGGCAGGCCUGUCAGCGGCAUCUCAGCUCAUAUCUCACAAUGUCCCUGUCCAAUUACUUGAACGGUCCGCAAAACCGGGCGGCAACUCGAUUAAAGCGUCCUCCGGCAUCAACGGCGCACCAACCAAGUAUCAACCAGUUUCAGAUGAUGCCUUCUACACCGAUACCGUGAAGUCGGCGGGGAAAGCGAUGGCCGCCAUGACAGCACAUCGCGAAACGCUCAUCUCGACCUUGACCAACUCGUCGUCAGCAGCCGUAUCCUGGCUUGUCGAUACCAACGGUAUCGAUCUCAGCAAAGUCGCCCAGCUGGGUGGUCACUCAUUUCCGCGAACACAUCGCGGAGCAGGUCAAACGCCUCCAGGAGCCUCCAUCGUGACCACACUUCUCAAAGCGCUCCAAGGAUCUCCACUCUUCCAGCUACAAACCUCAUGCACUGUGACUAAAGUCCUGCAAACCGGCCCACGUGUCACAGGCGUUGAAUAUGCCUGCGAAAACGGCGAGAAGAAAGAACUUCAUGGCCCUGUGAUCUUCGCUGCAGGAGGCUUCGCCGGCGACGCAGAAGGCAUGCUGGCUCAAUACCGACCUGAUCUGGCCGGCUAUCCAUCAACCAACGACCCUAGGCCAGGUACACAACCUCUCCUCACUGCCAUCGGCGCUCAACUUCUAGAUAUGGAUCUCGUCCAAGUUCAUCCCACAGGCUUUGUUGACCCAGCGAACCCCUCUUCCCCGCUCAAAUUCCUCGCUGCGGAAGUCCUGCGAGGUGAAGGUGGGCUCCUCCUUCUGGACGGAAAGCGCUUCAUCGAUGAACUGGAAACGAGGGAAAACAUCACUAAUGCCAUCACUGCCCAUCCACCGACGUCGAAGACACCACGCCAAUGGACUGUGCAACUCGUCCUCGAUGAAGGUGUCUACAGUGCAGCCAAAUCUCACAUUGACUUCUAUGUCUGGAAAGGUCUAAUGAAGAAGACCAAGAUCUCCGACUUGGGAGCCGAAGCCUUAGAUUCCAUACGACAGUUUGCGAACGCGGCUUCUGGGAAGAACGCCGAUCCUUUACAUCGCACUGCCUUCGCGAAUUGGACGCUUACAGAUGUAGCCCCGGAAUCUGUCGUCUAUAUCGGGACUGUGACGCCGGUAGUUCAUUUCACGAUGGGUGGGGUGCUGAUCAAUGAGAAGGCGGAAGUGCUCAAGGAAGGUGGAGAAAGGAUUGAGGGACUCUGGGCUGCCGGUGAAGUUACCGGUGGCGUGCACGGAGGAAAUAGGCUUGGUGGCAGUUCUCUUUUGGAGUGCGUCGUCUUUGGUAGGAUUGCAGGAAGUCAAUGUUCGGGGUAUUUGCCGGCGUAGAUAACAAUAACUGACGGUGUAGAUUUGCGCCUAGGCUUCCAAUAAAAAAAGCAUAGUCUUGAGUGCUG